CAUUGCAAAUACAUACGUAGAGAGAUUAAAAAAGAUUUAAAAAAAACGAAACGCGACGAGUAAAAAGGAAAGAAGAAGAAGAAAAAAGAGAUCGAGACAAUGUCGUGGCAAACUUACGUUGAUGAACAUUUGAUGUGCGAUGUCGGCGAUGGCCAAGGCCACCAUCUCACCGCCGCCGCAAUCAUCGGCCAUGACGGUAGCGUUUGGGCUCAGAGCGCUAACUUUCCUCAGUUAAAGCCUCAAGAGAUCACGGACAUCAUGAAAGAUUUCGAUGAGCCAGGUCACCUCGCUCCCACAGGCUUGUUCCUUGCAGGGCUUAAGUAUAUGGUCAUCCAAGGCGAGCCUGGUGCAGUCAUUCGUGGCAAGAAGGGAGCUGGAGGAAUCACGAUCAAGAAAACAGGACAAUCAAUGGUGUUUGGUCUGUACGAAGAACCAGUGACUCCAGGACAAUGUAACAUGGUCGUCGAGAGGUUGGGUGAUUACCUGGUUGAACAGGGUCUUUGA